CCAAUUGUACUUCAAACAUUCACCGACAACUUCUGCAAAUCUUCAAAUCACACACACUCCAAAUCUCACCCAAUUUGAUCCAACUUCGAUGGACAAAUCCGCCACCAUAUUCGUCGCCGGCCACCGCGGCUUAGUCGGCUCCGCCGUCGUCCGCAAGCUAACCUCCCUCGGCUACACCAACCUCCUCCUCCGCACCCACUCCGAGCUAGACCUCACAUCCCAAUCCUCCGUCGACGCCUUCUUCGCCGCCCACAAACCCCAAUACGUAAUCCUCGCCGCCGCAAAAGUCGGCGGAAUCCACGCCAACAACACCUACCCCGCCGACUUCAUCACCGUCAACCUCCAAAUCCAGACCAACGUAAUCACCUCCGCCUUCAAUCACAAAUCCCGCAAACUCCUCUUCCUCGGAUCCUCCUGCAUCUACCCCAAAUUCGCCCCGCAGCCCAUACCCGAAUCCGCCCUCCUGACCGGCCCGCUCGAGCCGACGAACGAGUGGUACGCCGUCGCCAAAAUCUCCGGCAUCAAAAUGUGCCAGGCGUUCCGGAUCCAGCACUCGUUCGACGCGAUCUCCGCAAUGCCGACCAAUCUGUACGGAACCAACGACAACUUCCACCCCGAGAACUCGCACGUGCUCCCCGCCCUGCUCCGCCGAUUCCACGAGGCGAAAUCGAAAAAUGUCGAGAGCGUGGUGGUCUGGGGCAGCGGCAGCCCGCUGCGCGAGUUCCUCCACGUCGACGAUUUGGCCGAUGCCGUCGUAUUCAUGAUGGAGAAUUACAGUGAUUUGGAGCACGUGAAUGUGGGGAGUGGGAAAGAGGUCACCAUUAAAGAGCUGGCGGAGCUGGUGAAGGAGGUGGUAGGAUUUCAAGGCGAGAUCGUUUGGGAUUCGACUAAGCCCGACGGAACUCCGAGGAAGCUUAUGGAUAGUUCGAAGCUGGCGGAUUUGGGGUGGGAAGCCAAGAUUUCUCUCAAGGAUGGACUUACAGAUACUUACAAGUGGUACUUGGAGAAUGUUAUUGCGAAGCAAUAGUGAAUAAAUUCAGGUGCGAUCGCUUUCGAAAAACUCGUUCGCUCGGUUUUUUUAUUGUUGUUUUACUUGGAAUUGAUUCGUUUUGGGGUGGCGGUUUUUGUUGUGUUUUAACACGUAUAGAGUACGAUGAGAGUGCGUAUGUUUAUCGUGUAUGAAAAGCGGGAUGUUUGUACACUAUAUAUAUGUUGUUUAAUGAACCAUUAUUUUUGUGAUUUGUGAUUCUUU